CCCCCCCCCGCUUCAGCUUCUUCAUCAUCAUCUUCUUCAUCAUCAUCAUCAGCAGCAGCAGCAGCGGCAGCCUCAGCAGCAGCCGCUGCUUCAGCUUCAUCAGCUGCAGAAACAGAAGCAGAGGCAGCGAUUCAUCGGCAGCCUGGAGAACAAACAAGCAGCACGCAUCUUGAAGAGGCGAGAGGCGAGAGGCGAGAGGCGCUCCAUGCGAGGGGAAGAUGGGGAAAUGGCACUUGCAGUUGACCAAAUGUAAGGAUCAAGAAAUCAAGCGAGAUCUUCACUUAUGACACAAACCCGGGUUUAUGCAUCAAUAGGAACUUUUUAGAGAACAAAAAGAGUACUCCUACCUGCGCCGAAAGAAACAUGGAUGUACCUUCGUCUUCUCUCCAGUACGGAUCAAAAAAGCGGGUUAAAAUUCACCCAAAUACAGUGACAGUGAAAUAUGCCACUCACUUUCCCCAGCCUGGCGAUGAAGGGUAUGAUGAUGCACCCUCUUUUGAGGAAUUUGGCGCCUUCGCAGAAGCUAAUACGGAAAAGAGACUGGUGUCGGACAGCAAAGGUGGCAGGACUUUCUUUGGAACCAUGGAGACCCAGCCUAAGCAGCCAAGCGUGCAAAGAGACAAAGGGGUCGGAGGCCAGCUGGCUAGCUUUGGCGAGGCGAAUGUGUUGGCCUCCAGGGUGACCUGGAUGGCCUUGUUUGGGGCCGCGGUGGCUCACGGUUGUGUGGCACUGAUUACCCGUUUAGCAGCCGACCGCUCUAAGGUGCCCUCCCUCGAGUUGCUCUUUAUUCGCUCUGUGAUCCAAGUGCUGUCCAUCGUGGUAGUCUUCUACUACCACGAGGCCCCCUUUGGCCCUAAGGGCUACCGUCUGCGUCUCUUCUUCUACGGCGUCUGCAACGUAAUCUCCAUCACCUGCGCCUACACCUCUUUUGCUAUAGUACCACCCAGUAAUGGCACCAUCAUGUGGCGUGCCUCUACCACAGUCUUCAGUGCAAUACUGGCCUUCCUGCUCCUGGAUGAGAGGCUGGGCUACACAGAUGUGGUCACAGUGGUGGGAAGCGUGUUUGGUCUGUGCCUGGUCAUGGUGCCAAACGUAGCAGACGAGGAGAAGUCCAGGCUGGGUUUUUGGAAGGAGGCCUUUGGCUACACAAUGACAGUGACGGCCGGUUUGACAGCUGCCCUCUCCAUGAUCGUCUACAGAGCCAUUAAGGAGCGCGUCAGCAUGUGGACGGCGCUCUUUACCUUCGGCUGGACGGGCACAGUGUGGGGUGCCUCCACCAUGUUUAUCAUGCAGGAGCCCAUCAUUCCUCUAGAUGGGGAGACCUGGGGCUAUUUAAUUGGGAUCUGUAUCUGCUCCACCGUGGCAUUCCUCGGAGUAUACUAUGCUCUAAACAAAUUCCAUCCAGCCUUAGUUAGCACCGUGCAGCACCUAGAGAUCGUGGUUGCCAUGUUCCUCCAGCUCAUUGUUCUGAGGAUGAUCCCGUCCAUCUACGACGUCAUCGGAGGCCUGGUCAUCAUGAUCAGUGUGUUCACCCUAACAGGAGUCAAGCUGUACAGGGUGAGCAGGGCCAUUCGGCAGGAUUAUCAAGAGAUCCUAGACUCACCCAUCAAAUGAGUUUAGAAAAUGUCAGUCUAUUUGUUUACAAUGUUGCUUGGUUGUGCAAUUUAAAGAAUGUCUGAUGAUUUUGUAUCGUUGUGUUGUUGGAAGAGUGUCAGUUGUGUAACUAAUGUCUCAAUAUUUGUGUGUGAAAUAAAAGACAAACGUAAUAUGGUGACUGUUUCCCCAUGAUAAUACUGCUUUAAUGUCAGCAAGAAACCCCCCCAAAAAAACAAGAGUCCGUUUAACUUUUGUGAUUUAUUUCGCUCCAAGAUUUGAAUCUGGUCUUGUGAGUGGCAGUGUAAGAAGAUCAGUUUAAUGAUAUGCAUCUUUUGUAAUCAUGACAUCAGCAAGGUGUGUCGUAUCCCUCUCUUGUCACACUGCCACACUUGUCACAAUGUGUAAAUGUCAGCCCAGAAAUCAUUCAUACUACAUACAAGGAAUGAAAGAAUAAAAAUGAAUACCACCCACCUUUCUUAAAAUAA